AUGCCGCCGCCGUCGGACCAUCGGUCAUCUUCGUCGCAAUCAUCUGCUGACGCUGGCGGCAUUCGCAUUGCUGGUGUCGCCAAUCGGCCCGCUUCUGCUUCUGCUUCUGCUUCUGCUUCUGCUUCUGCUUCUGCUUCUGCUUCUGCUUCUGCUUCUGCUUCUGCUUCUGCUUCUGCUUCUGCUUCAUCAGUCGCGCCGUCGCCCUCAAAGGAGUCAUCCAGGCCUCCCGUCAAGCUGGAUAGGGCCAAGAUUGCUGCUUACCAUCUUCCUGCGAAGCCGUCUCCAGCGCCGCAAAUGCCGAUGGCAUCUACAGGUACAGAUGCAAACUCGAAGAAUUGGCCUCGACGUCCACCAUCCUCAAAUCAGCAGCAGCCAAAUGAUUACAAAUCAGCGCCGUCACAUUCUCGACCUGCAGAUGAUGACGAAGACGAGGAAGGUGCCAUAAAUGAUAGCGACGCCUCCAAAUGGGAAUCAGCAUCAGCGCCAAAGUCUGCUUUCUGUCCACCACCGCCAAAGACGCCUCCACACCCUUCCAUCAACGCUCCGCGUCCAUCAACCUCUCAUCAUGGCAAUGACCGCCAACGAAACUCCGAUUCGCGCAGGCCUCACGAUCACCAGUCGUCCUCCUAUCAACCACGCUCGCCCUCACCACCCAGGAUUCAGCGAUCAUCGUCUUCGAAUGCACAUUCGAGCCACCCUCGCAGUCCUUCGCCCAACGCAUCCUCAGCCCGUCGCAGCAGCAGAGAGCACGAAAACGGCGCUUCCAAUUCACGCACAGUGGAAGCACACCAUCGUCACCAGCAAGAUCGUUGGGAGCACGAUCGCUACUACGAUUCUGGCGAAGACAAGAGUGCUUCUUCGAGGUCUCAAGAACAACGAGCACGAGAGCCAAGAUACUCUCGUCCGAGCACACACGGCUGGGAGCACGACAAUCGCGAUCCAAUUCGAGGGUGGGAGGAUGGCUGGGGCAACGGUCGUCGCGGUGGUGAAGACAGAGACUGGGGUCGAGAGCCAGAUCGACGUGCGGAAAGAUCCGAUCGCGAACGCAAUUGGGACUCGAGCAGAUACAGCGAUCACAGGAGCGAGCACCCACGCCAACGGCCAGCUGGCAGAAAUGGCAGGGAGAGGGAACUAUCUCCGCCCGCAGCCAACGCCAAAGACCGACAGUUUGCCCGUUGGUCUCCUACACCUCCUCACCGCAAAUCUCACAGUCACUCGACCGACCCGGCUGCCAACGUCAACGGCACCGAGCCAUUUGUAAAUAGACCUCCAUCCAGGAUGGGCAGACCCGUACCACCACCCCUUCUGUCGCAUUCCGAGCAUCCUCCAAUGCCUUCUAGCACCACGCAGAAACGCCCACGAUCUCGCUCCCCACCCGCUGGCUUGCUCAAGCGCAAAGCCAACUUCAAUGCUGUCGUCCCCCCUGCGCUGGAACCCAUCAUCCAAAAAGACGGCGAUGCAGCGCUCGCAGGCGACAAUGUAGCACCGGGAGCACCGAUCCCGCCCAAGCUAGAGACCAUGCAGUCGCCUGCCAUGCCUGCUUCGCGCCUCGGCUCCGAGUCGGGCGCUGCCACAGCAUUGCCCGGAAGCCAUCCAGGCUCAGCAUUCGCGACAGCACCGUCGUCGGCUCUAGCAACUUCUACCUCUGCCGGCACGGCAUCUGCGACUGCUGCUGCUCCUGCUGCCGCUGCUGGAAUUGUAGCCGACGCCAACUAUCGCGUUACUUGCGAAGCGCUCGACGACCCUUCCUGUCCUUCCGUGCGACUUUCCUGCCUUCCACGCAAGCUACCCGACGCUCCUCCUAUGUCUGGACGCGAACGACGCAAAGCGCGUGCUCCGCUUGUGCCGCUCAACCAGCGCAAGUUUGUCGGCUGCUCAUCGCUCGAUGACUACGAGAUCUCGAUCAAGCUCGGUCAGGGAACCUUUGGUGAAGUACUCAAGGGCCGUCACAUCCUCACUGGCACCCAAGUUGCACUCAAAAAAGUCACUAUUCACGACGCCAAGGACGGCUUGCCCAUCACAGCUCUCCGAGAGAUCAAGCUGUUGAAGAAGCUCAAGCACCCGAGCAUCGUCCCCGUCAUCGACAUGGCCUUUCGACCGUCGGGAGAGAGGGGCAAGCUGGGCGACGUAUACAUGGUCGAGCCGUACAUGGAUCACGACCUGAACGGCAUGCUCGAAAAUCCUUCGAUUCGACUCGAGAUCAGCCAGAUUAAACUCUACAUGAAACAGCUGCUCGAAGGUACGCUCUACCUGCACAAGAAUCGCAUCCUUCAUCGUGACAUGAAGGCGGCCAAUCUGCUCAUCAACAACAAUGGCCAGCUUCAGAUCGCCGACUUCGGUUUGGCUCGGCCCUACCGCGACCCAGGUCAGUCCUGGACGGGCAAGGGCUGGACGGGUGGCACGAAUCGAUACACAAAUAUGGUGGUGACGCGAUGGUAUCGACCGCCUGAACUGCUCGCGGGCGAGAAGAAGUACGGUCCGCCCAUUGAUAUGUGGGGUAUUGGCUGUAUUCUGGCAGAGAUGAUUACGGGUCGACCACUGUUCAAGGGUACAUCGGAGCUGAACCAGUUGGAGCAGAUUGCCAAGCUUUGCGGGUCGCCCAACGAGUCCAAUUUCCCCGGUUGGACUAGCUUGCCAGGAGUCAAAGACGCGGAUCCUAUGGGCAGACCAGAUCCACACCCUGAGGUUCCCGGGCAGCAUGCGUUUGGCGACCAUCCAAGGAAGGUCAAGGACCAUUUUACGCGAGUUGUGGACGCUGGACCGGGUUGUGCCGACUUGAUCGAUAGACUGUUGGUGCUUGAUCCGCGUAAGAGGAUGACGGCGCACCAGGCGUUGGAGCACGAAUGGUUCUGGAUCAAACCGUUCCCCGCCGAUCCGACGAGCUUGCCCAAGUACGAGCACAGUAAAGAGAUUGAUCGGGCGAGGAGGGAGUGGAAGCCUGCUCCUGCGGUUGCGCCUGCGGUGACUGCGGCGGUGGGAGCGGCAUCGACGGGGACGAUGCUUGGAAUGAAGGGUGGUGGACAUAACGGCCCGGCACCGGCAGCAGCCGCCGUGAGUGGAGGGAUGGGGCGAUCCUCGUUUCAGCAACAGCCGCAUCUGCAAGCAGGUGGUGCUCAGCCCCCUCCGAUGGGGCAACAGCAGAGGGCGUAUGGACGUGCAGGAGGAGCAGGAGGGUCGUACGCGCAUCCUUCGCUGCAGCAGCACCCGUCGAACGGUGCCGGCCCCCCCAUGAUGAGCAUGCAGCAGCCUAGCCUUGCCGAAGGGCGGGAUCAACCUCUGCCGCCUCCAGGAGCCAUGCGGUCUGGUCCUGCACCUGGACCUGCACCCGGUGGUGGCAGUAGAGGCUACGCCGGAAUUGGCGGUGGCGGUGGGGGAGCACGACAUCCAUUCCCCAAUUCACACUCGCAACAGUCAGCUCAACAUGGAGGCGGUAGAUAUCCUCAUCCGCAUGCUCAAAGAUUGCCACCGGCACACCAACAGCAUCCGUAUCCGGGCCAGCAGCAGCAGAGGCAGCAACACGGCCUUCCGUCACGUCCGCCGAACGGUGUUCGCUCGCAAGGUGGGGCGAACGGUGGCGGUGGUGCCGGAGCUGGAAGCAAUCCGUACUCGAUGUAG